CCCGAAUAUACGUCUAGAUCAAGGAUAGCCUCCUUGAAUCGAAGAACCCUCCAGUCUAUAAAAGGCGGAGUUGCAUCAGACUUGAACCACAGAGCUCCGAAUCAGAUUCACAAAAGCAAAGCAACGCAGUGGCACGUACCGUCGACGGCAUGGCUGUGAUCAGGGUAAUUUUCCUUGUUGCGUUGGCCGUGGUAGUGGCACCAUCUGCACACGUCUUGGCUUGCACCUCGUCUGUCUCCGUGAACAUCGGAGUAUCCGAGGCGGCCCAGUGCGCCUAUGUCUUCAGCUUGGACCAGUCGCAAACUUGCGGUGCUUGCCCGACCCUACAAGAGGCAAUGCAUCAGUGGCUGGCUCUCCAAGGAGGCCUGAUUGCUCACUAUAAAUUCGAUGAGAACCUCUUGGAUUCAACUGCCAACGAACGCCACGGGAGUCUGGUCGACAGCGAGCAAGUCACGUAUGCUGACGGGCAAUGCGGUAAAGCCGCCGUCUUCAACGGUGCGUCUAAGGUCGUCGUGGACGCCUUCCGUAACCAUCCUUGGGGCUCGCAGUUCAGCGUCAGCGUCUGGUUCAAGCGGACCGAGAACAGAAACACCUACCAAGGAAUCGUGAACACCGGCUUCGGCAGCUACGGUUCGUGGGAGAUCCGCAUGGGGCGAGAGUUGAGCGGGGAGAUGCUCGGUGGAGGGGUAGUGACGCUCGAUAGCCCAGCGAUAUGGAACUACAUCAACCUGCGCGCCAGCUUGGGAGACUGGCACCACGUGGUCAUGACGUACGAUGGGAGUCAGCUACUCUUUUACCUGGACAACCAGCUGCAGUCUGGGGACAAUACCUGCUGCCAUGGAAACAUCGUAUCCAAGGACACGCCCUUGACCAUUGGCCAGGCUGGGGUCGGAACGGCCAUAGAGUUUUUCGUUGGUUGGAUCGACGAGGUGAAGAUCUUCAAUAAGGCCCUGUCCAGAUGCGAGGUUGACAAGCUGUUCAACACUCCAUGCUCCUCCGAAUAUCCGUCUAGAUCAAGGAUAGCCUCCUUGAAUCGAAGAACCCUCCAGACUAUAAAAGGCGGAGCUACAUCAGACUUGAACCACAGAGCUCCGAAUCAGAUUCACCAAAGCAAAGCAGACGCACGUACCGUAGACGGCAUGGCUGUGUUCAGGGUAAUUUUCCUCGUUGUGUUGGCUGUGGUAGUGGCACCAUCUGCACACGUCUUUGCUUGCACCUCGUCUGUCUCCGUGAACAUCGGGGUAUCCGAGGCGGCCCAGUGCGCCUAUGUCUUCAGCUUGGACCAGUCGCAAACUUGCGGUGCUUGCCCGACCCUACAAGAGGCAAUGCGUCAGUGGCUUGCUCUCCAGGGAGGCCUGAUUGCUCACUAUAAAUUCGAUGAGAACCUGUUAGAUUCAACUGCCAACGAACGCCACGGGAGUCAAGUCGACGUCGAGCAAGUCACGUAUGCUGACGGGCAAUGCGGUAAAGCCGCCGUCUUCAACGGUGCGUCUAAGGUCGUCGUGGACGCCUUCCGUAACCAUCCCUGGGGCUCGCAGUUCAGCGUCAGCGUCUGGUUCAAGCGGACCGAGAACAGAAACACCUACCAAGGAAUCGUGAACACCGGCUACCACUCCAUCGGAUCAUGGGAGAUCCGCAUGGGGCGGGAGUUGAGCGGUGAGAUGCUCGGUGGAGGGGUAGUGACGCUCGAUAGCACAGCAACAUGGAACUACGCCAACCUGCGCGCCAGCUUGGGAGACUGGCACCACGUGGUCAUGACGUACGAUGGGAGUCAGCUACUCUUUUACAUGGACAACCAGCUGCAGUCUGGGGACAAUACCUGCUGCCAUGGAAACAUCAUAUCCAAGGACACGCCCUUGACCAUUGGCCAGGCUGGGGUCGGAACGGCCAUAGAGUUUUUCGUUGGUUUGAUCGACGAGGUGAAGAUCUUCAAUAAGGCCCUGUCCAGAUGCGAGGUUGACAAGCUGUUCAACACUCCAUGCUCCUCCGAAUAGAAAAUCACGCUGAAAUGACACGGCAAAGGCCAUUGGCUUCACUUUCUAUAUUUCUACAGUUUAAUCAUUUGAUCUUCAAACAGUGCAUGGUUGAUUUCCGAGUAUAUGGUAGUAAUACGGAUUGAUUGACGAAUAGACGAACAGACGCUGUCAUUUUUGUUUCAUUUCCGAAUUUGUCUUUUAGAAGGUUUGAAAUAUCGAAAUUAUGUUUUAUCAAAUGUCCCCGGUUGUACUCUGAGCAAUUAAAUGGCUAAAGCGCCCUCACCAUCACAAUUCCUUUAAAACGACACAGUGACAGGCCGAGCGUAAGAGGUUGAUUGUCAUUAAUAUGGAUAAGCUUGAUGGCUAUUAACGACCGGCGAUUUUUUUUUGUAGCAAUUGAUUUUGUUAUGCUGUAGCUCUUGUUAUAAACUUCCAUAUAUGGCGAAGUAAAUGGAAAUUAACGCGUUUGUUUUAGUUUAAGUUAACAUGCUUGUUUUAAUUUGGAAACUUCAGAAUUUCAGCUUUUCCUUUAAUCAUAGAUUAAAUAACCUGCCUUUGUUAUUUUGUUUUUAUUCGAAUUAAAAACACAUUCUGCUUUGUAAUGUGAACAACUAAAUAAAAUCGUGUAUAGGUGGUAUCAGAAGUUCA